CCUCCUACCACGGAAGAGGGAAAAAACAGACUCAAGAAGAAAGUCCUAAGUACAUGUGUGGUGAUCACACAGCAGUUCGUACGGUCUGCACUGACUCUCCUUAGUCCAGAACCAGGGUCGAAAACUGCAUUUCACCAUGUCUGUGCCUUUAUCAUUUGACGGGAAAGUAGUCAUAGUCACUGGAGCUGGCGGAGGGCUUGGCCGGGAAUAUGCAUUGGCUUUUGCUGAAAGAGGAGCCUCUGUAGUGGUGAACGACCUUGGAGGGGACAUCAAGGGAGGAGGGAAGAGCUCAGCUGCAGCUGAUAGUGUAGUGGAAGAGAUCAAGGCCAAAGGCGGGAAGGCUGUGGCCAACUAUGAUUCAGUAGAAGAAGGAGAGAAGCUGAUCCAGACAGCUUUGGAUGCCUUUGGUCGAAUAGAUGUUGUCAUAAACAAUGCAGGGAUUCUCCGGGACAGAUCAUUUGGCAGAACCAGUGACUUGGAUUGGGACCUUAUCCACAGAGUGCACCUCAGGGGUUCAUUCCAGGUGACACGGGCUGCAUGGGAACAUAUGAAGAAGCAGAAGUUUGGCAGGAUUAUCAUGACGUCGUCCGCUGCUGGCAUCUAUGGCAACUUUGGCCAGGCCAACUACAGCGCCGCCAAGCUGGGCAUGCUGGGGCUGGCCAACACGCUGGCCAUCGAGGGCCACAAGUACAACAUCCACUGCAACACCAUCGCCCCCACGGCCGGCUCCCGCCUCACCCAGACCGUCAUGCCCCCAGAUCUGCUGGAGUCUCUGAAGGCAGAGUAUGUGGCGCCCCUCGUCCUGUGGCUGUGUCACCCCGACUGCCAAGAGAAUGGGGGGCUGUUUGAGGUGGGAGCUGGCUGGAUCGGCAAAUUGCGGUGGGAGCGCACCCAGGGGGAGAUCCUGCGCAGGAAGAGCCAGGCCAUGAGCCCCGAGGCCGUGCGCGACCACUGGGGGCAGAUCUGUGACUUCUCCAACGCCACCAAGCCUGCCAACAUCCAGGAGUCUCUGCAGACGCUGGUGGAGGUGCUCUCCAGGGUAGAGACAGAGGACCGUGAACCCAGCGCUAUGGAUGCAGUGGGGCAGACGCUUCCAGAGAUGACCUUUACCUACUCCCACAUCGAGUGCAUUCUGUAUGCCUUGGGGGUGGGCAUGUCCACCAAGGAAGCGGACCACCUCAAGUUCCUGUAUGAGAACAACGCAGACUUUAGUGUUCUGCCCACAUUCGGGGUCAUCCCCUCCCAGGCCUCCAUGAUGAGUGGAGGUCUCAGCUCCUUGCCUGGCCUCAAUAUAGACAUGACCAGGUUGCUGCAUGGGGAGCAGUAUCUGGAGGUUUACAAACCACUCCCAGCUUCAGGAACACUCACCUCCAAGGCAUCGAUCGCAGAUGUUCUGGAUAAAGGAUCUGGAUCUGUCAUUCUGUUGGAUGUGCACACUUACAAAGAGCAGGAGCUGCUGUGCUAUAACCAGUUCUCCCUCUUCGUCGUGGGAGCAGGAGGAUUUGGAGGGAAGAGAACAUCUGAUAAGGCAAAGAGCACUGUGGAUAUGCCCGACAGAGCUCCAGAUGCGGUGGAGACUGAUGAAACUUCCAGCAAUCAGGCUGCUCUCUACAGGCUGAGUGGGGAUUGGAACCCCCUCCACAUUGACCCAGAUUUCGCCGCCAUGGGAGGGUUCAAAGCGCCCAUUCUGCACGGCCUCUGCUCAUUUGGCUUUGCUGCACGACACGUCUUGAAGCACUUCGCCAACAACGACGUCUCCAGAUUCAAGGCCAUCAAGGUGCGCUUUGUUAAACCAGUACUUCCAGGACAGAGUCUGCAGACAGAAAUGUGGAAGGAGGGCAACAGGAUCCAUCUGCAAUGCAAGGUGAAAGAGACCGGAGCAGUGGUGUUAGCUGGGGCUUAUGUGGAUCUACACGGACCUCCAGAGGCCUCUCCUAGCACUGCUCCUGAGACAGGGGAGCUUCAGAGUGAUCUGGUAUUUGCUGAGAUUGGCCGCCGCCUUGAGACCAUGGGUGCAGACCUGGUGAAGAAGGUCAACGCAGUGUUUGUGUGGGAGAUUACCAAGGAUGGACGCAUCUGUUCACAAUGGGCCAUCGAUCUGAAGUCUGCACCCGGCUCCCUCCUCAAGGGCCCGUACAGCGGCAAAGCUGACGUCACCCUCACCGUGUCUGACCAGGACUUCAUGGAGGUGGUGCAGGGCAAGCUCAACCCACAGAAGGCAUUUUUCGAGGGCAAGCUGAAGAUGCGGGGGAACAUCAUGCUGAGCCAAAAGCUGGACAGCUUACUGAAGGACCACGCCAAGCUGUGAGGGCCCCCACGCCCAUCACCUCAAUCACCACCGUCCUGCUCUCCCACGCCUGCCCGAGGGCCAGGAGAGCACACUAACCCCGGUUGUCAUGGAGUGGAAUCACGGAAUGCAAUGAGAUCUCUGAUAAUCAAACUACAUGGACACAGUGGAUGAUUCAGCAGUGCUUUGAAAGUAUCAGAAAGGGCAUUAAUUUAUACUAAUAAGGAAGUCAUGGAUUGGGAUUCAGUUCCAGUGAGUGGAAAGAUGUGAGAGGUGUAUACAGCAUUUCUGCAGAAAACCAUUCACCCCCCACACUGAUCUGUCUAAUCGGGAACUAAUCCUUGCUUUGCCUUGGUUAAAUUAAUAUAUCUCAAUAAAAUUGAAAUGAAGACUAACACACUAAAAUCAGUCUUCUAUGUCCAUUCAUUUGAUUCAGACAUAAAGACAGGCUAAUGCUUUGAACUAAAUUAAGUGAUUCAGUGCCUUGUUGUGGUCUUGAAAGUCAUGCAAGGUGUUAUUCUCAGUAUCAAUGUUUCUCUUUUCCAUUUUUCAAUAAAUAUACAGUAUAUUUUGAAA